GAAGAAGAAGAAGAAGAAGAAACAGCAGCAGUAACAGUCGAAGAAGCAUCAGCACGCGAAGAAGUCGUUGCACAUCAUCAUGAUAUGAUUAAACUCCGCGUCUUCUGCGACAUAUUCGCGCUAGGUUGAAUCUUAACAUAGCUGGUUUAGAGAAGGCUAUACAAUAAUUUUUCGCGAAAAAAUGCGAAAUUCGGAGUCGACAGCUAUCCUACCGUGAAAACAUAAUGGGUCACUGGCGUCAAGAUUAGACGUACAUAAUUUGAAGUUAGCCAUGUGUCGUUUGUCCUAGUGGGAUUUUCUUUCAGUUAGUCAAUCAGCGAACGAGACCUGUGGGGGUCAACAUCUAACAUGAAAUUCACAGAGCAUCUUUCGGCUCACAUCACCCCGGAAUGGAGAAAACAGUAUAUUCAGUAUGAGGCUUUCAAAGAGAUGUUGUAUGCGGCUCAGGACCAGGCCCCAUCCAUUGAAGUGACAGAUGAGGACACCGUUAAAAGGUAUUAUGCAAAGUUUGAAGAGAAGUUCUUCCAGACAUGUGAAAAAGAGCUGGCCAAGAUUAACACAUUUUAUUCAGAAAAGCUGGCUGAGGCUCAGCGGAGAUUUGCGACUCUACAAAAUGAAUUGCAGUCAUCAUUGGAUGCCCAGAGGGAGAUUGUAACGAAUGGGCGGGGUCUACGAAGGAGGAAAACAGUCUUUACCCUAUCACAGCAAGAGAGAUGCAAACACAGGAAUAUAAAAGACCUUCAGCUGGCCUUCUCAGAGUUCUACCUCAGUCUGAUCCUGUUGCAGAACUACCAGAACCUGCUUGUCACAGGCUUCAGAAAGAUCUUGAAGAAGCAUGACAAGAUAUUGGAUACACCACGGGGUGCUUAUUGGAGAGUUGCCCACGUUGAAGUCGCUCCAUUCUACACUUGCAAGAAAAUCACACAGCUUAUUUCUGAAACUGAGGCAUUAGUCACAACAGAGUUGGAAGGUGGUGACAGGCAGAAGGCCAUGAAGAGACUGAGGGUACCUCCCUUGGGAGCUGCACAGCCAGCUCCUGCUUGGACCACCUUUAGAGUUGGCCUUUACUGUGGAGUUUUCCUCGUCUUACUGGUCACUGUCAUCAUUACAGGAGCUGUCAUGUUUCCCAUCGCUGACGUUUGGCCAAUGAUCAGAAUCUACAGAGGAGGCUUCCUGUUAAUAGAAUUCCUCUUCCUCUUAGGUAUUAACACCUAUGGCUGGAGGCAAGCAGGAGUCAACCAUGUGCUUAUAUUUGAACUCAAUCCCAGAAAUAACCUCUCCCAUCAACAUCUGUUUGAGAUUGCAGGCCUUUUGGGGGUGUUGUGGUGUGUCAGCCUGCUGUCAUGUCUGUUUAGUGACAGCAUUCCAGUACCGAUGCAGGCCAAUCCUUUGGCUCUUUAUGGCUUCUUCAUUGUCUUUCUUAUCAACCCAUUCAAGACCUGUUACUACAAGUCACGCUUCUGGCUUCUCAAACUUCUGUUUCGGGUAAUGACUGCACCAUUCCAUCGUGUUGGCUUUGCUGACUUCUGGUUGGCUGACCAGUUGAACUCUUUGGGAGUUGUUUUGUUAGAUAUAGAGUAUAUGAUCUGUUUUUACAGUUUUGAACUUGACUGGAGAAAACACGAUGGACUCAUCAACAGUGAAGGUAACGAUGUGUGUAAUACCUACUCCUAUGGCAUCCGUGCAGUGGUUCACUGUCUUCCUGCUUGGUUCAGAUUCAUCCAGUGUCUUCGUCGUUACCGGGACACGAAAAGGGCCUUCCCUCACCUGGUUAAUGCUGGGAAAUACUCCACUUCCUUCUUUGUUGUAACCUUUGCUGCCCUUUACAGCACACAUAAAGCUCAAUCAUAUGAUGAUGCCAAGAUCUUCUUUUACUUGUAUGUCACAUGUUUGGUGGUCAGCUCAUUUUACACACUAGUCUGGGAUCUGAAGAUGGACUGGGGCCUUUUUGACCGGAAUGCUGGAGAAAAUACCUUUUUGAGGGAGGAGAUAGUCUACCCACACAAGGCCUAUUACUACAGUGCCAUUGUGGAGGAUGUACUAUUAAGAUUUUCAUGGAUUUUAACCAUCUCCCUCAGCACAAUCACCAGUUUUCAUGGCAUCUCUGACAUACUGGCAACUGCACUGGCUCCGAUGGAGGUCUUUAGGCGGUUUGUGUGGAACUUCUUCAGACUGGAGAAUGAACAUCUGAAUAACUGUGGUGAGUUCAGAGCUGUCAGAGACAUUAGCGUGGCUCCACUAAAUGCUGAUGACCAGACUCUGCUGGAGCAGAUGAUGGAUCAAGAGGAUGGAGUCAGGAACCGACAAGGCAAAAAGAGCUGGAAACGGAGCUAUAGCAUGAGUCUACGUAGGCCAAGACUUGCAUCACAAUCCAAGACUCGUGACACCAAAGUUUUGAUCGAUGAUACAGAUGAUGACUCCUGACAUCAGGCCACGCCCCUUGCCUGGGUCCAUAAUUUAUUCAGAGGAAAUGCUUCCUCCUAACCAAGGAUCUACCCAGCAAGUUGGGCGUUGAACUCACCCGAGUUUCAAGACUCUCAUGCCUCUGGAUGAGCCUCAAUGCAUGAGCCUCUGCACAGGUUCAGAACUAUUUCAAAAGAGAGUGAGCAGAAUUGAGAGUGCAAGCAAAACUGUCGCUGAAUACUUUUACCUAUCAUUUACCUUCACUCAUAACCUUCAAAAUUCUUACCUCAUCCGACAAGAGAGUGGAACUACUACACUUGUAAUCACCAAAACCCCAGAUGUCUUAAACAACACCCGCUCCUCAACAUUCCUCUCCUCCAACCCUCCAGUUUGGGAUUGACAAUCCAGGUUUUUGGAACCUAAACAGACUAACAUGCGCUGUCUGUGGCCCACGUGGAUACACUGCAAAAGUAGAUUGCGGUGUAUAAAUUUGUUUAGGAAAUGUUCAUUCCAGUUCCAGGAACACCAUCUUCCCAGCUUUCUAAACACCCGGUCACGUGUGAAAUAUUUACAUAGUUAUUUAUAAGUGUAUUAGUCAAAUGUCUGUUACAUGUUGAUUCUGUGACUGUAGGCAAAUUUAUUUCGGGAUGCGUACUCUGAAUUCAAACAUUUUCCACCAUAAUUCUUGAUCUUAACAAAUGAAAAUGUGUCACUUUUGUGGUAGUUCUUAACUAUUAUUAUUUUUAUAGCGCCUCUCAAGGGACCCAAGAACGCCAAAUAUAUGAAACAAACUGUUCCAUGUUUUUAUCAUUAUCUGCAGCACAAUGCAAGGCCAAAUGUGGUGAUGUUGGGCUCGACAUUCACGCUCAUCCCAAGUCUGACAUUUUCUAACUGUGCGCAUGGGUGGGCUAAACUUGGUUUUGGUAUUUUCGCAGACGCAUGCAAUUAGAAAUGGGUGGUUUGCACCAUUGUGGGUGUGAACACAGCCAAAUUGCUUCGCAGCCAGUGCAAGCAGCUCCUCUCAUUCCCUUUAAAAUCUGUGUGCGAGUGGUGCAUAUUCUUUGGCAUGACAGAAGCACAAUCUGGUUUCCUGAAGUCCAUGCAGGAGGUCGAAGUGUGCAGAGUACAUCAGUGAGGAACUGCAAGCAGACGUCUAUGGACGGAUGAUGUAAAGAUGGCCAGGGCGGUCACUCGUGUUGGGCAUCAAUAACUGUGAAUCGAGUAGAGCCGGGACAAUCAUUGCAGUCCUCUCGGAAUCGUUCCAAUUUUAAAAUGUUAGUUUGAAGUUUCAAUUCUGAGUUCUCUGCGUGGGAAAGGCUCGAACAAAGAGGACCUAAGGAAAAUGUGUUUAUGCGUACAGUGUGCAACCCCUCCCGCUGCCAAAGUGCAUGGCAGCUCGAUCCCUGCUGGCCGGUCCUCUUGGUCAGCCCUACCGUCCGCUCACCACUAGGUGCCAAGGACAUGCGUGCCACAGUGGCGACUCUGGACCCGCGGCAUGCACUUUCUGCAGGCAGCAUGACUGAGAACUAUACGAAUCACAAUAAUCGGCUAAGUGCAUCUAAUGCUGUCAUUAGGCCAGCAAGUUAAACUGGAACUAAAAUAGUGAGUAACAAACAUGCAUAUACCCAGCUAAUAUUUAACUUAUAGCAUCCACAGCUAGAGCAUAAUAAUAAAAA